AUGCCAAAACGAAAAACGACCACUACUACUACUACAUCGUCACCAUCAAAAAAGAGAUUGCCAUCCUAUUUGAAUUUUGAUCAUGAAAAAUAUCAAUGGAAACCAGAUAUUAACUAUCGUCAACAUCCUGAAUUAUAUCGAAUUGGUCGUGGUGAACAAGGUGUAUUAACGUGUCAACCGUACAAAGAUGAAAUAUGUCCACAUUGGCGUUUUAAAACGGUUGAUAUUGCUGAAAAAUCAGCGACAACAAUUUAUCAAUUAUUUUUAAAUUAUCUUGAUAAAAAUGAUUUUGUUGGUGCUGAUUUAGCAAGAAAAUUUUUACAAAUGGGUUUUACAAGAUCAAGACGUUAUGCUAACCAUUCAUCGGGAACAAAAUAUGAUAAAAAUACCUAUGAUAUAUUACCAAUAAAUAAAGAAACAUUAGUAUGUGAAAAAGCACAAACAGCUGAAGUAUUUAAAAAAAAAUGGUUUGAAGCAAAAGAUAAUGAAAAAUAUAAAGAAUUAGCUGCACAACAUCGUCAACUAUAUGAGCAGAAAUUGAUAAAAAAAGCACAAUUAACAACUGCUGAUAUAAAAGAUUGUGACGAUGACGACAAAGGUCGUAAAUCAACGAAACGAUCAAAACAAAAAGUUGGUAAACGUAAAGUUUCGGACACCGUUAGUGAUGAAAACGACGAGUCUCAUUAA